AUGGACCACAAGCGUGGGGGAAUUACGAAAAUUGAUAUUACGGUACUGGCACCAGAUUCACCACCUAUCAAUGCGGGUGCACUGGGGGAGGGCGGAAGUACUGCCCGUCAGUAUAUCGAGCAAGUCACCCAAAAGACCCUGCGUCGUGCACUGAGGGAGUUGAACCCGUCUACAUUUGCUAAGCCCUCGACUUCGAAAUCCGAAGAUGACAUUGCUAGAGAUGUUGCUGAUGGCAUACCAAUUCCGAUUGAGAUUCACACCUCGGAAGCUACAAGCCACCGCAGUCAUGUAUAUCUCCUCCUUGUGGCCCAUACCUCCUCGGGCUUCAGGAUAGGGCAUGAUGCUCUGGGCAGUUUACCAAAAGAUCCGUUCGACCAAGGGAGAAAACCAAAGCACAAAGGGAAUCAAAAACCACGAUCAGAUUCUCGUUCUCGACAUGGGUCAGAUGCUUAUGGGAUUAAGAGCCUGGUUGGCCGAUGUGUGGACGGGUUCAUUGAAGAGAUCUCGAACGAGAGACCAAAUACAGAUGACACAGGCCCCCUGGAAGUGAACCAUGUCUCGAUCGACACAUGCGAGAUCAAGUUGUCAUUUUUGAGGAAUUAG